AUGCCUUGUGCAAAGGUGAAGAAUGCUCCCGGACUCGACAUUGUCUGUGACGAAGGCACUCCUCAGACCCUCGUUCCCGGUUCGAAACUGUCUGCCAAUGCAGUGUUGACUUCAAAUGAGGACUCCGAAUCUACAGGAUCUGUCACAGCUACUCUGUACGGACGCAGCAAGGCCUUCACCCGGCAGAGCUACCGCCAGACCGUCGCAGCAUGGCUGUCGCGUGCAACUAUCUUCAAUCUCGAGCAGCAGAUCUUUCAACCCUCAGAGCGCGCCCUGACAGGAAUCUUGGGAUCAACGGAGUCAAAAAGUGAGACUGCACUCCAAAAUCGUCAGAACCCUGAAGAGGAGCUUGGUCAGUUGCCAAAGUACGGAGCCUAG